AUGGAGGGCGACAGUGCCAACACCAACCUCGAUGCGGCGAUAGAGUCGCUCCUGAACGUCGAGAAGCAGAUGAGGCUGGCCGGCGAUGUCGCCGGCACGCGGAAGGCCGUCAUCGACAUCGUCGAGCUCUGCUACAAGGCCGGCGCGUGGAAGACGCUCAACGACCAAAUCGUUCUCCUCUCCAAGAGGAGAGGCCAGCUUAAGCAGGCCAUAACUGCUAUGGUUCAGAAAGCAAUGGACUACAUUGAUUUGACACUAGACAUUGACACACGCAUCGAGCUAAUCAAAACACUGAGCAGCGUUUCUGCUGGCAAAAUUUAUGUUGAGAUAGAGAGAGCAAGAUUGAUCAAAAGACUUGCUAAAAUCAAAGAGGAGCAGGGACAGAUUGACGAGGCUGCUGAUUUGAUGCAAGAAGUUGCUGUCGAAACAUUUGGUUCCAUGGCCAAGACAGAAAAAAUUGCUUUUAUUCUUGACCAGGUCCGGCUAUGCCUAGAUCGGCAAGAUUAUGUCAGAGCACAAAUUUUAUCAAGGAAAAUUAGUACUAGAGUAUUCGAAGCAGAUCCAUUGAAGGAAAAAAAGAAACAAAAGGAAGGGGACAAUAUUGUUCAGGAUGCUCCUGCAGACAUUCCAUCCCUACUAGAAUUGAAGCGCAUCUACUAUGAACUGAUGAUUCGAUAUUACAUGCACAACAAUGAUUACCUGGAAAUCUGCCGUUGCUACAAGGCGAUUUAUGAUAUUCCAGCGAUAAAAGAGGAUCCAACAAAGUGGAUACCCGGUACUCUCUCAACAUGUGUAUACAUGACACCCAUCCACCAACCCCUCAAUUAUCUGACUACCUUAAUUCCUUUGCAGAUUCUUAGGAAGAUCUGUUGGUACUUGGUGCUAGCACCUCAUGAUCCUAUGCAAUCGAGCCUUCUCAAUGCUACACUUGAGGAUAAGAACCUUACAGAAAUCCCAAAUUUUAGAUUAUUGCUAAAGCAGCUGGUUACCAUGGAGGUCAUCCAGUGGACAACGUUGUGGGAGUUCGCCAAGCACGAAUACGAGAACGAGAAGAAUCUUCUCGGAGGAGCUUUGGGUGCCAAAGCUGCAGAAGAUUUGAAGCUGAGGAUUAUCGAACAUAAUAUCUUGGUGGUGUCGAAAUAUUAUUCUAGGAUUACCCUCAAGAGGCUUGCGGACCUUCUCUGCCUGAGUUUGCAGGAGGCAGAGAAGCAUCUUUCAGAUAUGGUGAACUCAAAAUCUCUGAUUGCGAAGAUUGACAGGCCGAUGGGAGUCGUUAGUUUCCAGACAGCCCAAGACUGCAAUGGCACACUCAACUCAUGGGCCACAAACCUCGAGAAACUUCUCGACCUUGUCGAGAAGAGUUGCCACCAGAUACAUAAGGAGACCAUGAUCCACAAGGCGGUGUUAAAAGCUUGA